UAUCUGUACUACCUGAUGGAUACCUGUAUUAAGCGAGAAAUGAUGUCCGCGCGAAUAAUUUACUUCGCUUGUGUUUUGCUCAUUCCGGCGGCGAUUUUGGCCGUUGAGGAAGUUGAGCUAGAAAUAGGACAGGGAAAGUUGAAGGGAAUCAAGACCAAAACGCACCUUGAUCAAAAACCACUUUACAUGUUCACCGGGAUUCCAUAUGCUAAAUCUAUCGAAGGACCAAAUAAAUUUAAGGUCGCCGAACCGCCAGAACCCUGGUCCGGAGUUUACGAAGCGACCCAUCAAGGAUCCGGUUGUGUGUCCUACUGCAUGAUGCGGCAUAAGGUAGUCGGAGAAGACGAUUGCUUAUUUUUAAACGUUUACACCCCAGAGCCGAAUAAGGAUGCCAGAAAAGCAGUUAUGGUUUUCUUCCAUGGUGGUGGCUUCAAUAUGGGCUCAGCAGAGACGGACUUUUACGGUCCGUACUACAUCGUUGAAGAGGACGUUGUUCUGGUCACCGUAAACUCUAGACUAGGAGUGUUUGGGUUUCUCAGCACCGAGGAUUCCACUGCCCCUGGCAACUUGGGACUCAAGGAUCAAGCUGCCGCGUUGAAGUGGGUGCAGGAAAACAUUAAGUACUUCGGAGGGUGCCCUCAGAGGGUGACGAUCUUUGGUCAGAGUUCUGGUGGGGCUUCUGUCCAGUAUCAUAUGAUGUCACCGAUGUCCGCUGGACUUUUCCAGAAUGCGCUUUCGCAGGGCGGUUCUGCAGUUGCUCCAUGGGCUAUAACGCACCACGCGAAGGACGCUGCAUUCAAGCUAGGAAAAGCCUUGGGUAUCGAUACCACUGAUUCUGCUAUUCUUCUCAAAGAACUUUCCCAGUUACCAAGUUAUGAAAUCGUCGAGGCUGCAAUGACCGUAGAUCAAACUGAGAAUGGAAUGAACGGUCACAGCCACGCGUUUAUCCCAUCUGUGGAACCGGACGUUGGCCAAGAAGUUUUCCUACCUGCCGAUCCGUGGGAGUUGAUUAUGAAAGGAAAAAUAGCUGACGUACCGUACAUGGCAGGAUUGAAUCUCAAUGAGACUUUGUUUUUGAAGAGCGCGCUCAUCGCAUCCGCCGAGAUGAUGAACGAACACUUCGAAAAUUUCAUACCAGAUGAUUUGAAUGUUACCGACGCGGCGGAACAAAAACAAAUUGCUGAUAUGAUGAGAAAAUUUUAUCUUGACGAUAAACCACUCACUAGAGAUCUGUUGCGAGAAUUUGGGCAGAUAACGAUGGAUGUGAUGUUUACCUGCCCCGUGCAAAUACCCCUUACAAUAAUAAACUCUCUCAAGUCCACGCCUACCUACAACUAUUUGUUCAUUCACGACUCAUCCCUUGGAAUUUUCAAAAUCAUGGGAUUCUACGAUGGUACAGAAGGUGUUAUUCACGGAGACGAGAUGGGUUACAUAUUGCACAAUCGUUUUCUGAAUAUGCAUCCAGAACCCGGCUCUGAAUUAGAAGGAGUCAUUCGCCUCCUUACUAAGCUCUGGGCGAAUUUCGCCAAAACGGGAAAUCCUACCCCUGCAUUAGACGAAUAUAUAACCAUGAAUUGGGAGCCGAUGGGGAAGGAGAACAAUUACGCAGUCAUCGAUCAAGGACUGACUAUGGAGAAGAACAUGUUCAAGGAAAGGAUUGAUUUUUGGAUACCAAUUUACAAGAAUGUAAUUGGCGACUUCGCUAAACUAUUCUAGAGUUUACAACGGCUGCUUUAAUUUUACCUAUACUAUUCACGUAGUUUCGAUUCAAAUUAAAACUACCACCUGGCUUUUUAUGGCACUCACGUUAAUCGUCACGGUAGUGUUCGAAAGUAGAAUAAAUAUACUGUAUCCAAGAAUGGA